AUGAUUAUUCAAAGCUUCUACGACGGUCUCACUCCUACCUCAAGGGCCAAUCUUGACAACGAAGCCGGUGGUAGUCUUAAAAAGCUACCGGUGGAAGAAGCCGAGAAUAUGAUUGAAGAAGUUGCAAGGCAUUACGCCUAUAGAUAUGAUAGAAGAGAAAGUCAACCGAAGAAGAAAGGUAUGCAUGAGUUGAGUGCAAUAGAUCUCAUUGCCUCAAAGUUUGAUAUGCUAGCUCACAAGCUAGACCAAGCAACCUCCUCAAGCGGUACCUCCUCUUCACAACCACAACCACAAGUCAUUUCUUGUGAGACUUGUGGGGGUAAUGAUCACAUGGCUUCAUAUUGCAAUGCUACUAAUGAGCAAGUUGCGGCCGUGAACCAAAGAAAUGAGCAACCUUUCAAUCAAGGGAAGAGCAAUGCAGAAAUGAGCUCCAACAUCCAACAACUUCAAGCGCACAACAAAAAAUUUGAGAAUCAACUAGCUCAAAUUGCACAACAAGUUGGGAGUUCUACCUCCAAUGCUAGUGGUCAAUUUCCAAGCUCAACGGUUGUGAACCCGAAGGAGCAUGUCAAGGCUAUCACAUUGAGGUCCGGGAGAGGGUAUGAAGGUCCGGUAAUGAGUGAAGAUGUGCCACAAAAGAGAGAUGAGGGUGUGGAGGUGAGAAUUGGUGAGAUGAAGCCAACAAGAAUCUCAAUACAAUUAGCCGAUCGUUCGGUUAGAUUACCAAUGGGAAUACUUGAAGAUGUACCGGUACAAGUGGGAAGAGUUUUUGUACCUUGUGACUUUGUGGUGAUGGAAAUGGAGGAGGACAACAAGGUUCCUCUCAUUUUGGGAAGGCCGUUCUUGAACACGGCGGGAGUGGUAAUUGAUAUGAAACAAGGCAAGCUAACAUUGAAUGUGGGAGAUGAGAAAAUUUCUUUCUCAUUCUCGCAAGCCAUGAGGAAGCCUAUGUAUGAGGAUAUCAAUAGAAUCGAUACUCUUGACCGAGAAGUGGAGGAAUUGAAGAUGAUGAACAAUAGCAAAGAUACUCUACAAGCGAUCCUCACGGAAAGUUUGUACAAUGAUGAUGAUGAAGCUAAGGGGUACAAGUUGUUGCUAGACCAACCCCUACAUGGCAAGGCAAGGGAGUUUGAAGCACUUAAGGUGGAGACUUAUCCCGUUAUUGUCAAUACCAACCUUGAUGACACUUCCCUUGAGAAACUCCUAGUUGUGUUGAGGGAGUAUAGGAGUGUCAUUGGGUAUGCCAUUGAUGACAUUAAGGGGAUAAGUCCCACAAUAUGCAUACACAAGAUUUUGCUUGAUAAUGAUCAUGACUCCUCAAUUGAGCACCAAAGAAGGCUCAACCCCAACAUGAAAGAAGUUGUUAAAAAAGAGGUUUUGAAACUUCUUGAAGCGGAGGGUAUUGUGUUGGGACAUGUUGUUUCUAGUAGGGGCAUUGAGGUUGAUCGUGCCAAAAUUGAGGUUAUUGAGCGCCUCCCUCCCCCCACUAAUGUGAAGGGUAUAAGGAGUUUUCUUGGACACGCGGGUUUUUACCGCCGGUUCAUUAAAGAUUUUUCCAAAAUCGCUAAGCCGCUCACUCAAUUGUUGGUAAAGGAUGCCCCUUUUGUGUUUUCUAAUGAUUGUUUGCUAGCCUUUGAUAGGUUUAAGGAAGCUUUGAUCACGGCUCCCAUCAUUCAACCACUGAAUUGGGAGCUCCCUUUUGAACUCAUGAGUGAUGCUUCGGACUAUGCCGUUGGAUCUGUGCUUGGGCAAAGGAAGGAUAAAAAGCUCCAUGCCAUCUAUUACACUAGCAAAACUCUUGAUGAAGCACAAAGAAACUACACAACGAUUGAAAAAGAGCUCCUAGCCAUCGUCCAUGCUAUCGAAAAGUUUAGGUCUUACUUGGUGGGCUCCAAAGUUAUAGUCUUCACCGACCAUGCGGCUUUGAAGUACUUGCUGUCCAAGAAGGACGCUAAACCAAGGUUGAUUAGGUGGGUCUUGCUCUUACAAGACUACGAUAUAGAAAUUCGGGACAAGAAGGGUGCCGAGAAUGUAGUAGCCGAUCAUCUCUCACGGCUACCGAUCGUAGAAGGUGAAAUUGAAGCUUUGCCAAUUGAUGAUUCAUUCCCGGAUGAUCAAUUAUUCGCAAUCAUUCAAGCCCCGACCCCAUGGUUUGCGGAUAUUGCAAAUUACUUGGCUUGCUCCAUCCUUCCUCCCGACCUCACCUAUCAACAAAAGCGGAAGUUCCUCCAUGAUGUCCGCCAAUACUUUUGGGAUGACCCCUUGCUCUUUAAACAAGGUGUUGAUGGUCUUUUUAGAAGGUGUGUCCCCGACGAUGAAAUUCAUGAAGUUAUCACAAUGUGUCACUCCUCACCUUGUGGAGGACAUAUGAGUGCUAACAAGACAUUGGCGAGAAUAUUGCAAUGCGGUUUCUAUUGGCCCUCUAUGUUCAAGGACGUAUGGGGAGUUGUUAAAGCUUGUGACCGGUGUCAAAGGACCGGUAAUUUGUCAAGAAAGAAUGAAAUGCCUUUGAAUAACAUUUUAGAGUUGGAAAUUUUCGAUGUGUUUGGUGUGCCACGUGCCGUAAUAAGUGAUGGAGGAUCGCACUUUGCAAAGCGAUCUUUCAAGGCUCUCCUUGAAAAAUACGGAGUGAGGCACAAGGUGUCAUUGGCUUACCACCCUCAAACAAGUGGUCAAGCUGAAAUUUCAAAUAGGGAGAUUAAGUUGAUACUAGAGAAGACGGUGAAUAGGUCAAGGAAUGAUUGGUCAUCAAGGUUGGAUGAUGCUCUAUGGGCCUACCGCGCCGCCUUCAAGACUCCUAUUGGCACCACCCCUUACAAGCUCGUUUAUGGGAAAUCAUGCCAUCCACCGGUGGAACUGGAACAUCGUUUUGUGAGUUUUUGUGAUUGUGUGGAUUUUUCUUUGUGGUGUCCUUUGGUGUGGCUAAGUCUUGGGUUGUUGACCUUAAAAUUACUUGGUGAAUUGGUUUAG